AUGUCCAAACAAAAUAUUAUGUUUCAUCCAAUUAUCAGUUCUAUUCAACGAAUAGCCCUAUAUGAAACUAAAGCGAGAUUUUAUCUCAUUGGUUCAAAUAACACCCAGACCAGAUUUCGGGUACUAAAAAUUGAUAGAACGGAUCCAAAAGAGCUAAUUUUAGUUGAUGAUAAAGUAGAAUAUAACAAGCAAGAAAUACACCAACUGUUAAAUAUGAUUGGUUUUGGCAAUAGAGGCAACAGAUCACCUGGUUUCAACAAACUUGUUUCCGCUUUUGGAAUAGUUGGCUUUAUUAAAUUCUUAGAAGGCUACUACAUUAUUUUAGUAACUAAGAGAAGAAAAAUUGCAGUGAUUGGUUCACAUUCCAUUUACAAAAUUGAAGACACUGCUACAAUAUACAUUCCUAGUGACAACACCAAGCCUCAACAUCCAGAUGAACAAAGAUAUUUAAAAAUGUUCCUAGCUAUAGACUUGUCAACCAAUUUUUAUUAUAGCUACAGUUAUGACAUAACCCACACAUUACAAAUGAACAUGGCACCUCCAAGAAAAUUAGCACCUGCAUUGUUUCCCAAGCCUAUCACUGCAGCAGUUUAUCACUCAAAUUUAAAUUCAGACAAUAGUGAAGAAAAUAAAUGCAUUUGUCAUGAUUGUGAUGAUGAUGAAGAUAUAUUUGAGACUUGGAAGCAACAGUUACAGCAAAGGCUGAAAAAAACUGGGGAACCAAUUCCAAAACUAGAAUUUGGUAUAAGGACAGUGCCAGAGUGGAGAUUUGUUUGGAAUAGUCAUUUACUCUCAGCGGUACACUCCUAUCUUCAUCCAGACUGGAUAUUAUACAUAGUACAUGGAUUUAUAGAACAGAGCAACCUAAAUAUAUUUGGUAGGCCAAUUUACCUAACGCUCAUAGCCAGAAGAAGUAACAGGUAUGCUGGUACUAGAUUCCUUAAAAGAGGUGCAAACUUACACGGUGAUGUUGCUAAUGAAGUUGAAACUGAGCAGAUUGUUCAUGACUCAAUGAUAUCAUCGUUUGCAGCUGGCAGGUUUAGUUCGUUUGUCCAGAUGCGGGGCUCUAUUCCCAGUUAUUGGUCGCAAGAUAUAUCUAAAAUGGUACCAAAACCAGCCAUUUCAAUUGAUUUGGGUGACCCGUAUGCUGAAAUACCAGCAAAACAUUUCAAUAAUCUAAUGAGAAGAUAUGGUUCGCCGAUUAUGAUCUUGAAUUUAGUAAAAAAGAGAGAGAAGAAAAAGCAUGAAUCACUAUUAACAGAUGCAAUUAGCAAUGCAGUAAAGUACCUGAACCAAUUUUUAUCUCCCGAGCAUGCUAUACAGUACUUCCAUUUGGAUAUGGCUAGAAUGAAUAAGGGAGCCGAUGCAAAGGUUCUUGAUAAACUGUCAGCAAUAGCCCGCACAGUAGUCCGUAGAACAGGCAUAUUUCUAAGCUCCAAGGGCUAUGAUGAUGAGACUGGUGUACCGGGGCAUCAAAGCGGACGCCUUCAGACUGGAAUAGUUCGAGUCAACUGCGUGGAUUGUCUAGACAGGACAAACACCGCACAGUUUGCUAUUGGCAAAUGUGUGCUUGCACAUCAGCUAUAUGCAUUGGGCCUUAUUGGUGAACCAGUUAUAGAGUUCGACUCAGACUGCGUGAGAUUACUAGAGGGAUUGUAUGAAGAUCAUGGAGAUACUCUCGCAUUACAAUAUGGUGGAUCACAAUUAGUUCACAGAAUAAAAACCUAUCGGAAAACAGCUCCCUGGUCGUCGCACGGCAAUGAUAUUAUGCAAACACUGAGCCGAUAUUACUCGAAUACGUUUUCCGACGCGGAGAAACAGAAUACAAUGAAUUUGUUCCUUGGACUCUUUGUUCCGGAUGCGGGCAAGCCGGCCAUUUGGGAAUAUCCUACUGAUUAUUACCUGCACCAUCCUGAGGCGAUAGUGUACAUUCCAAAUAAAAGGUCUUUAACAAAGUGGUGGGACGACGACGUCAUACGGCAUCUGCCGCUGCCGUGUAACGAGAUGCGGAAGCUGUGCUGCGAGAUCAUCGGCACGCAGGGCGACGGCGCCUUAGAGAUGUUAGACCCCUACCAAGAAUAUAACCGCCCCUUCGAGUACACCGUCUUUACAGAAUGCUUUGAGUUUAAAAUGUUCCACACGUUACGUGACUUGGCGCCAACAUUCUCGGAGAGCUUCAGUCCAUUUGUCGUUCGCGGCCGUAACGUGGGCCAGAACAAGGGACCGGCUUCGAAAAACCCUGUUAUUAGUGGCCGCUCCAGCACCAUAUCCAAUAAUUCUAGCGAGUAUAUGGUUAACAACUACAUACAGAAGACUACCAGGGCCUCUUGGUCGGAAGAAACAAUGAAAAAAGCAAUUGCAGAGGCAACAAAAUCUUCAAUAAAAAGUGCAGCUCAAAAAUAUGGAAUACCGUAUACUACGGUGCAACGUCAUGUAAAAUCGAAUAUUAGUAAAAAGCAUCUCGGCAGGUUUAAGCCUGUAUUUAAUGAAGAACAAGAAAAAAAUUUAGAAAAACAUUUAAGGGAUUUAGAUGCACUGUUUUACGGUCUGUCUAGAAAUGAAUUUAUGGAAUUAGCUGAUACGUUCGCCAUACCACAUGACUCAGAAACACCACCCAUUCUGUCCACUAUACCACCAGAUGAACUUACUCUACCAGCUGUGACGACACCAUUCAUUUUGGCACACGAUGCUAGCGUAAAUGCUUCUGAGCGCACUGUUCGAAGAAAAUUGAAAGAAUUAGAUUUCAAGGCUUGUCGCCCCGCCAGGAAGCCCAAGUUAACAGCUGCAAUGAAAGCAAAGCGCCUGAAGUGGGCCAAACAAUGGCAAGACAAAGAUGUGGACUUCUGGAGAUCGGUCUGCUUCAGUGACGAAAGCACAUUCGAAAUUUUACAAAAUAAAGCUCAGUAUGUGCGUCGUCGUCAUGGAGAAAAGUUUCAUCCUGAUUGUGUCGUCCCGACGGUUAAAUAUCCCACCAAAGUGAUGAUUUGGUCAGCCAUCAGCGGCAAGGGCACUGGACGUCUGUACGUCGUCAAAGGAAUAAUGAGGCAAGAUCAGUAUAAAGAAGUACUGGAAAAUCGGUUGAUUCCGCAGCUCAGAGAAUGGUUUCCAAAUGGGGAACCAUUCACUUUCAUGCAAGAUGGAGCUCCCUGCCACACUGCUCGGUCUGUUAAAGCUUUUUUGGCAGAAAAAAAUAUCCCUCUGUUGGAUUGGCCCGGUAAUAGCCCUGAUAUGAACCCCAUUGAAAAUGUGUGGGAGCUGAUGAAAAGAGAAGUGGCUAAAGAUGUGAUUACCAACAAAACCCAGCUCCUAGAAAAGAUUAUUUAUGUGUGGAAUCAUCAUCCUCAAAUGCAGGAGACAGUACAGUCUUGCAUUGAUAGCAUGCCGCGCAGAAUUAAAGCUUUGAUAGCGGCUAAAGGUGGCUCAACUAAAUAUUGA